AUGGUCCACAUCCGUCCUAUGACUAUCUCUGACAUGCAAAGUGUCAAAGAGUGCAAUCGCCGCAAUCUUCCUGAGAAUUAUCAUUAUAUCUUCUUUAUGUAUGUAAUCAUAUCUGCCCAAGGAGGGUGUUUUGUUGCCGAGAACUCGGCUAAAGAAGUCAUUGGCUAUGUUAUUGCUAAACCACAAGAUUCCUUGGAAGGGAAAGAGCCGCCUUUUGGUGAAUAUUGUGGGUAUAUUACUUCUAUUGCCGUAGACCAGGCCUAUCGUGGGCGUGGUCUUGGGAAGACUUUAUUAAGUGUAGCUAUUCAUGGUCUGUGCCGGGUGAUAGGUGAGCGCAAAGAAGCUACUUCUGUGCUAAUGUGUCUGAACGUACGAGAGUCCAAUAAUAGGGCUAUAGAGAUGUACAAGAACUCCUUUGGGUUUAUGGUCAAGCAAACUGAGCCGGAGUACUAUCCGGACAAAGAGGCCUCUCUAUUUAUGACGCGGGUUUUUUCGCUCCAUGGAGAUGCGGGCCCACGAGUCACAACGCAGUAA